AUGUGGAAGGCUGCUCGGACUAAGUCCGAUGGGCAAAUGACAUCACAAUCAGCUCAAAUCAUAUCUCAAAAAAUAGAUGAAUUAAUUGAGCAAGAGACUCAGGGUUCGUUUGUUGGCCAUGGUCGGGACGAUAUACUCACAACGGCAAUUGGAAGGCCAGAGCACCCAGGACGUGUGCGUGGUGUUGGAGGUGCCAUUGGUCUUCGAGAUUACUUUGGUCCUCCACAAAGAAGUAAUGAAUCGUUGAGUCAAGAGGCCUUGAGGAAGAUGGAGCAACAAAUGGAGGAAAGAUUCAACCAACGCAUGGGAAUUAUGGAGCAACGUUUUAUGGAACAACUUCAACAACAACAACAAAUACAAAGAACACUUGAAGAAAAGCUUCAGUCCAUGCAGCAACAGAACAUGGAAUUACCCACUCAAGCUCCAACAGGACAACGUGUGAGUACAAAAGGCUCAUGCUCUGGUGUAGAUCAUACUGACUACACAAGUCAGUAUGAGCUAUUGGUUGAUGAAGACCCCCCACGCGUAGUGGCCAUAGGACGACAACUUCAGGGUGGGGAGAUUAUCCAUGGUGUUCCUCUAUUGCCCCAUCAUAAAUCCAAUUUGUUGGGGAAGCUUUAG